AUGGACGGACGCGGUGAGCGCAACUCUCCAAAAGAGGCACCGAAUAGCACGGAGAUGCUCCUCGCUCUGCUGUCGCACAGUGAGGAGCUACGGAAAGAAAUCCCAGUGUGCGCAGGCUGCAGUCAACACAUCGUGGACCGCUUCAUCCUCAAAGUGCUGGAUCGCCACUGGCACAGCAAGUGCCUGAAGUGCAGCGACUGCCAGGCGCAGCUGGCGGAGAAGUGCUUCAGCAGGGGCGAGAGCGUCUACUGCAAAGAGGAUUUCUUCAAGAGAUUCGGGACAAAAUGUGCGGCCUGUCAGCAGGGGAUCCCUCCCACACAGGUGGUGAGGAGAGCGCAGGACUUCGUCUAUCACCUGCACUGCUUUGCCUGCAUCGUGUGCAAGAGGCAGCUGGCCACAGGUGACGAGUACUACCUGAUGGAGGACAGCAGGCUGGUCUGCAAGGCCGACUACGAGACCGCCAAGCAGAGAGAAGCAGACUCGACUGCAAAAAGGCCACGAACAACCAUCACUGCUAAACAGCUGGAAACGCUGAAGAACGCUUACAAUAACUCUCCCAAACCUGCCCGUCACGUCCGGGAGCAGCUAUCAUCAGAGACAGGCCUGGAUAUGCGCGUUGUGCAGGUUUGGUUUCAGAACAGGCGAGCUAAAGAGAAAAGGCUGAAGAAAGACGCCGGCCGGCAAAGGUGGGGGCAGUACUUUCGCAACAUGAAGAGGUCACGAGGAAGCUCCAAAUCCGACAAGGACAGCAUCCAGGAGGAGGGCAUGGACAGUGACGCAGAGGUGUCCUUUACAGAUGAACCACCCAUGUCAGAGCUUGGCCUCACUAACGGCAUCUACAGCAACCUGAGUGAGUCCUCUCCAGCAAUGGGGGGCCGCCAAGGGGGCAACAACCACGGCUCCUUCCCCGUGGAGCACGGCAUCCUCCCGUCUCAAGACCAGUUCCACGACAUGCGCUCCAACAGCCCCUACGGCCUCCCGCAGUCGCCGGGGUCACUUCAGGCGCUACCCAGACACCAGCCUCUCAUCUCCAGCUUGGUCUACCCCGACUCCGGCCUUUCCAUCAUGACCCAGGGCAGCGGGCCUGGGAUCAACCCUGCCGUGAGGGUCUCCAUGGGGGCCGCCAACGGCCCCAGCUCGGACCUCUCCACCGGCAGCAGCGGAGGAUACCCGGACUUUCCUGCCAGUCCUGCUUCAUGGUUAGAUGAAGUGGAUCACGGCCAGUUUUGA